AUGCGUAAGCACUGGCGUGAACACCAUGCCUGGGUCGCACCAGCCAACCACGGCGGCCGUCCGAAACAGCCAGAUUUAUCAGCCGCCGAGCAGCAGAUUCGCCAGUUUACGCAAGUCGUACGCUGUCAGCGGGCAUUCGGCCAGGGGCCAGGCUCCCACUACAUUCGCGUCCGUACGGUCGGCGCUGAGCUAGUUCUCGAGCCGAUUGCCCCGACCGUACUCGGUGACCAGCAACUCGACGAAAUUGAGCAGGCAUUCACUGAGCGAUAG